AUGGCGCCCAGCAUCCGGCAUUGCCGCCAUGUCAUCCUGCGCACCGACGCCGGCUGGGACGGCAUCGGCUACACAUCCUACUUUGACACGAAGGACGGGGAGUGGCAGACCGUGGACGUGCCCUUCUCCAGCUUCGACCCCGUUUUCAGGGCGCGCACGGUGCGUGGGCCGGAUGCCAAGCCGCUCGACCCCUCAACCGUCUACAGCCUCCAAAUCAUGCUCUCCAAAUUCGAGGUCGACGGCAGGCUCAACCCCUCGUUCAAGGCGGGCCCCUUCCAGCUCCCCAUCACGGAGGUCACCGGUUACCUGGCAUCACCGGUGACGCCGCGUCUCGUCCAUGUCAGCAGCGCGGGCGUCACCCGCCCCAACCGUCCAGGCAUCAACGUCGACGUGGAGCCGCCCGCUGUUAAGCUCAAUGAUGCCCUGGGCGGCCUGCUGACCUGGAAGCUGGCGGGAGAGGACGCCAUACGCGAGAGCGGGGUGCCGGCCGUGGUGGUGCGGCCGUGCGCGCUGACGGAGGAGGCGGGGCGGAUGCCGUUGGAGAUUGAUCAGGGUGACGUCAUCAAGGGCAAGAUCAGCCGCGCAGACGUGUCUGAGCUGGUGGUCGCGCUGCUCGACUCGCCUGCAGCUGUCGGCACCACGUUCGAAAUCAAGUCGACGGUGCCCUUCAGCCAGCCCUGGGGGGAGGAGGACGCCGCGCAGCAGCCGCCCCGCGACUGGCAGUCCACCAUCCAGGGCGCCGGCCUCGUCCCGGGGGUCACGGGCAAGACCGUCGGCGGCGUGUACUCGGGCAAGCGUCCGGAGGCCGAGGUCGCGGCAGAGGCCGGGGCCAAGCAGCCCGCGGCAGCGGCGGCGCCGCAGUGA